UGGCGCUAGUUUCUGUGGACUGGCCUUAUUACCAGUCGGAUCGGCCAGGUAAAAAUGGCGAUAGGUCCGGACUACUAGCACUAGCGGUUGUGUAAUUCCUGUUUUCUACACCCUUUCCACACCAAAUCAACACAUCAAAGCCCGGGAAAUUUUCAUCAAGAACCGAAGAAAACGUCAAGACUACCGAAGUGACACCAAACCCGAAGAAACCGAAACCACUGCAACUGUCCUAGUAUGGAAGUCCAACCUUCUGACCAUCAGUAAACCUGAUGCCACUGGUCUACAGCAAGAUAUCCACCUCCACAUCAUGUGACAUCUUUCCUGCACAUCACUACAAGUAGCCAAUAGAAUCCUAGCUGCCCAAGUCAUCCACCAACCAGAGAAGAGAUUUGUGUGAACAUCAGUAUUAAGUCGUAUCUGCUGCUAUAGGAAUAACAACGAACUCUAAGAAGAAGAUUCAACAUGGCAAAAACGAAAGAGAUGCGGACAUUCAACAUCAGCGUUGUCGGACUUUCCGGAACGGAGAGGGACAAGGGAGCGCAAGGCGUGGGAAAAUCGUGUUUAUGCAACCGGUUCGUUCGCCCCCUGGCGGACAACUACUUCCACGAACAUAUCUCGGUCCUGAGUCAGAGCGACUUUGGCGGUCGCGUCGUGAACAACGACCAUUUCCUCUACUGGGGGGAGGUCACAAAGACUUGGGAUGAGGGACAGGACUUCACGUUCCACGUGGUGGAACAGACAGAGUUUAUAGACGACACGUCAUUCCAGACUUUAAGGACGUCCACGUUCAUGCCCUACAUCAAGCGAGCCGCGGUGGCCAAGGUGGUGUCUGCAGAGAAACUCAUGUACAUUUGUAAGGAUCAGUUAGGUAUUGAGCAAGACUUUGAACAGAAGACGAUGCCCGAAGGCAAGCUGAACAUCGACGGUUUCAUCCUGGUCUGCGACGUUAGUCUGGUUCAGAACCGGCCGCAGGAAGACCAGAUGCGAUUCUUACAGAACUGCUUCACAACUCUAGCAAAAACCAAGAAGCCAGCCCUCCUGGUGGCUACAAAGUGUGACGACGCGGUCGACCAGUAUUUGAGAGAGGCGCGGGACUUUGCGUCGAACCGGAGAAUGUCAGCUAAGAAGCUGUUCAGACGACACAUUAAGAAGCUGAAGGAAGAGCACCAGGCCAGGAGGCAGGUUGAGUACCUGAGUCAGCUCCCGCGGGCUCUGGACGCUCUCGCUCCAAGUCUGGACCUCAUCUUAUGUGUGUCUCUGUGUCUGUGUCUGUUUGUGAAUGUGAGGCAGGUGGAGUACCUGAGUCAGCUUCCUCGGGCUCUGGACACUCUCACACCUAGUCUGGACCUCAUCUUAGACAGGACUUGGCCGAGCGUACAGAACAUCCUCCAGAGGCAGGACCAGUUCGAGGAGUGGUUUGUUGUCCUGCCGGAGGACAUGCCGUGGCGAGAGAGCGACCACGUGGACAGCAUGGUCGACAAGAGAAUACCCUUUGACCUGCUGGAGAUGCCCGAGGCCGAGACGGUUUUCAAGAACCAUGUCAACAAACUACAAGCUGCACAGAAGAAAGAAAGAAUGAAGCACGAGUUCAGGAGAUUGCUGGAGCACACGGGACAUGUUUUACCGGGCAAGCCUUGGGAGGAUGUGCACAUAUUCCUCAUGGAGGAAGAGAGCUACCAGGAGUUGACGGAGGGUGAAAAGAUCGACAUCUACAGCUACCACCAGAGGGAGUUGAUCGAACGGGCGCGGGAAGACUUUCAGGAGCUCCUGUUUGAGAAGGCCGACCUGUUCGCGCGCCUCGAUCCCCACGAACAGAUUUCCCACCAAGACUUAGUCGACAUCAAGGAAGCAUUGCAGGAAGAAUCCAGAUACCAGGCCCUGGCCAGACUAGACAACGAGAGGGACGUGUUGCUACUGAAACACAUCGGCUUCAUCACGUGCCCCUCCAAGGAGACCUGUCUCAGCGGGCCCAACUGUAUGGAGACAUUGUUGCAGAAUGCUGUGGACACUGCUGUGCACAGACCGACAUCUUGGAACAGACACAGCCAGUGGAUGUUUGACCCCAACGCUUCACAACUCAACAUCGUCAUACUGGGAGCAGACGGACUGGCAGAUGAACUAGCUAAUGAGAUCAAGUUGCAGUGUAAUGAAGAAGAGUACACCCUGGAUGGGAACAUCUACAGUCUGGAGCUCAGACCCAUCGAUGGUGAUGUCACUCAGCCCAUGUCCUCAUUCAAAACACCCAAGUUCACUCCAAAUGGUUGCAUCUGUGUGUAUGACUCUGUGGAGUCGCUGAAGUAUGCCCAGUCCAGCCUGGAGCAGACCGUCAUCAGAUCAGGAACCCUCUCCAUAGACAAGAAGGAGCGUGCUCCGUUCCAGGGCCUCCCCUGUGCAGUCAUCCUGGCCAGAAACUCGGCCAACACGGACAAGGACCUGUCCUACCUACGGGAGGAGGGCCAGCAUUUGGCAGAGAGGCUGCAGUGUCCCUUCAUCGACAUCUCCAGCACCGAGUUCUUCCCCAACCGGAAGUUCCAGGAGGCUCAGAUCCAGCAGGCCAUGCGGGCGCUGGUGGAGAGCUUCCGACACCGCGAGGGCUGGAUCGGGUCUCAGAGCAUCGAGCAGCUCAUGGAACCUGACAUCAAAGUGAAGUUGAGUACUGUGUGUGGGGACCCGUACAAUGUGGAGUUACCACUGGCCCCACUCCUGAACCACCAGUGCUGCACUGGAAACUCCUGCAGAGUGAAGUUGAGUACUGUCUGUGGGGACCCGUACAAUGUGGAGUUACCACUGGCCCCACUCCUGAACCACCAGUGCUGCACUGCUGCUCCGGAGAAGCCAUCCACACUCAUCGUGGAAACUUUCUUAGGUUCUUGCAAGAGAAGAGUAGAGCUGAGACUAACGUCCUUCCACUCGGCCCAGAAGUACCGAGAUGAGCUCGUCCAUGGGUACAUCCUGGUCUACUCUGCCAAGAGAAAGGCAUCUCUGGCAAACGUCAGAGCUUUUGCCUCCAACCUGAAGAACGUCCCAGUGCACAUCCUGGCAGUGACGGAGAGCGGCAGUGUGAACGCGUUUUUCACCAACGAUGUGGAACAAGUCCUGAUCACGGAGGGCAACGCCCUGGCAGACCAGCUCACCGCCAAGUUUAGCACCACCUCGUCACAGUUCCAGAAGCAGACUGCAGUCUUCACACCCUUCUUCAAGGAAUGCUGGGAAAAGAAGGAGAGCACGGAGACAGCGUACAAACGUCAGCCGUCGUCAGAAGACGAGCCCACGGAACGCGAGGUUUGGGAGAGCACGUUCGGCAGGGUUCGGCCACCCGCAACUCUACCUAAACCUUCCCGAGUACCCCUGCCAAGGUAUAGUUAUGAUGAAGCCCCACAGAACUACAACUCCGAUGAAGAGCCACCUCCAUACAAUGGGGAAGGUUACCAUGACAACCACCAUGAAGAACACCUCCUCAAGCCCAGCCAGGUCAGAGAUCGUCAGCAGCAGGGCAGAGGGGAGGCAGCUCACUACCGGCUGGAGGGGUUCCGCUCCCCGCGACGGCCCCCUCCCCGCUACCACUCUCUGCACCACUCUCCCUCUCUAGCCAGGGUUAGGAAAAUGCACGAAGGGAGCAUGUUCCUACUUUUUGAGACUGGUUUUCAACGUAAGAAUGCAGCUUCCGCUUCCUUCGACCACCCCUCGUAUGAGAGCGGCACUGCCUCCUCUACUGUGUGCAGCUCGGCAGCCAUUGCAUGCCUUGCUACGCUCCCACGUCCUCCUAUCUCCCAUAGCGAGGGCUGGAUAGACAACAGACUUUAUGACAGAAGUGCUGGUAGACAAGACACAACAAGAUGGCACGAGAAUGUUUUAUACAACCAAGUACGACCGCCAGGAAACAAGCCUCUUCCACCUGGACCCAAGCCAAUCAUCCCAGCAAAACCGCACGUAGGCAAGUUAAACCCGAGACAGUUUACCAAAGUGGCCGACGCCGUGUCUAGAUUUAACGAACAAAGCAGCUUGACUCAGCCGAGGCAAAGGGAAAGACACCCUUCUUAUAAGGGCCGGGCUCCCCUGGCAACUCCAGAAAAUGUGGAAAUAGGGGAGUACGCGAGCGUGCGAGACGCCAUUCCGAACCUCCAACCGUUGCAGCCUUACGGUCAGCUAGAGUCACCACAGUAUGCCUGCCCCCAUGAUGCACUGCCAGGAGGAAAGAUCCGGAAAAUUAAGAGUAUACGAGGCCAACCCCAUGGGACAGAUAGACAAGCAACCACAGACAGUGACAGUGAAUACAACAGCUCACUAGAGCGAGAGAGAAGAGACAUCUACAACAGGAGGCCCACCCCCAAGAAGACGGGAAAACGGAGAGUACCGGACAACGAGGGGUCACCUCCGCCGAGCAGAGGACCGUACGCUUCCACAGACAUCAUUAGAAAUAGGCCGACUGGAACAGGGAAUUCGCCAUCAGAAGACAGUGCUGGUACUGGUGACGAGUUCCCAAAGAACACCGGGCUGAAGAAGAAAAAGUCCUUCCGAAAAGGGACGACGAAGCGAAGAGACGCGACCUCCCCCCAAACCUCUGACACCGACGCCAUCUCACCAAGACCAGCUGGAAGGUUUGCUCCUGACUCUGCCUACCAGUCUGAUGGUGAUGAUGAGGAGAGAAAGAAGCGCAACAAAGAGCUGGAAAAACUGGAGCGUCAGCAGAGAAAAGACACGAAGAGGAAACAAAAGGAAGAGGAGAAACUGAAGAAGAAGAUGGAGAAGCAGAAGUCCAAGACAAAGCCGUUCCCGCUGCCUCAGCAGAAGAACCUGAGUGGGAACUACUUUGGUCUGCCCAUGGAGAAGAUUGUCCAGUCCGAAGACAACCCCAUCCCCCUGUUUGUGGAGAUGUGUGUCAAGUACAUCGAGAACGAAGGUAUAAGAACAGAGGGUAUCUUCCGAGUGAACGGCAAGAAAGAAGACACUGACCUGAUUCGGCUCAAGUUUGAUGAAGAGGAGAUCACAGACCUGAACGACCUUCAGGUUGCCGACGGCGACCACAAGGUCAGUGUCAACGCCGCAGCAGGAGCACUGAAGUCCUUCUUUGUGGAACUACCGGAACCUCUCAUCCCUCACAGUGUGCACGAUGACCUGAUCGUAGCGAUAAGCACCAAAGACGAUCAGAUCAAGACAAGGAACCUGAGGGAAGUCUUGAGAAAGCUGUCACCCGUCACUCAAGCCGUCUUCAAGUACCUGCUGGAACACUUGUACAGAGUAAGCGAGUUUUCGUCAGACAACAAGAUGACGAGUGAGAACCUGGCCAUUUGUUUCAUGCCCACGCUGAUGCGCCCCGACUUCAGCACCUUCGACAUGGGCGCGCAGAGCCAGAAGAUCCUCCUCAUGGAUAACUUCAUCCGCCUGACGCCUCAAAUUUACGAGGACGCCGGAUCAUAACCCCGCCUGACGGAGUGGAGCCAUUGGCUCCUUUCUAGGGUGUAGGAGUAAAGUGUAAUCUCCAAGCAGAUCCUACGGUAGCAUAAGACAGUAUCAAAAGCUGGCAAAGGAGUGAAGCCGGCUUAGUAGUGUGUUUCGCUACCGGGGCAAAUGGACAUCUCUUGGCUGUCUACACUCCUUGUCCAGUCUGGUACUAUCUUAUGCCAUUGUAGGAUCUGCUUGGAGAUUAGUAAAGUGCACGAACCGUGCACACGCCGGCGAGGGCUUUGCGUACAGAGCAGGAGCGUUGCAGCUCGAUUAGUUUGUAUAGUUAAAAUCACACUACUCCUUACUUUGCUAGACCGGCAAGGGAAGCUGCACUUUUCACACAAUCAGAAAGAGGGCGCUUUAUAAAAGCAGAUCUUUUCUGAAUCAACACAUGAUGAUGCUACCCAGCAAACAUUUCUCAAGCGUUGGAGUUGUGAAAAUGUCUUUGAGAGAGAGAAAAAAAUGCUUUUUCCAGCAUCUAUACAAUAUGUAUACAUGGUGCAGUUGCUAUGAAAGAAAUUUUAUGAUAUCGUGAUAUUCAAACGUGUUUUCACCAUUGUACAGAUUUACUCUAAUGUAUUAAGUAAGUAGUGCUCGAAUAUAGGACUGACUGACAGUGCACAUAAUUAUACAAAGAGUUGCACUAUUAACAGUAUCGGAAGAGUUUUACAAAUCAUUUCCGACAAAUUUUGGAGGGGGUGUCUAAAGGGUGGCCCCCGAGUGUGUGAGCGAUCGCGUGGUGAAACCUACUUGUUGUUAAUAUCAUUAAUAAUAAUAAUUGCACAGUAAUAUGAAUGGGCUACAAAGGCAUAUUAACUGCCCAACAUUUCUGAUAAUUGUUUUGUACAUAUAUAUUAAGAUGUUUCAUCAGAGUGUCCUUUUGCUGCUUUUGUGUAGGUGUGCUGGGUUUUGGAAAGGAUCGGUACAGCAGUUUCUUUCAGUUGUAAACUAUUGUCUCAUUUGUCUGUGUGCCUAAACACUACAUUCACUUACUCUCAUAAAAUUGACAUUGUUACAAGAGAGAGCUCCAUUCCAAGUGGAUUAUUUUAGUGUGCUGCUCAGAAGGAUAGCUUUGACUUCACAAUUUUUUUCUAAGUUAUGCAGUUUUUCUGCCUUUCCUAGUUUUUUGAGGGUGGAAGAAAUGUUUUAGACAAAAACAUCAAUGCCUUAUAUUCUUCAAGUGCUGUCCACUACGCUUUGUUUCUUACCAGUUUUGUACAGCAGUGCGCAAGAAUCUUCUUUAAGUUUUGUCUCUGAGAAUUCCAGUGUUGUGUUAAAUGCAAUGCUAUGGGUUUACUAUGUACAAAUGAUAAGGGUGUAUUUGUAAGGAAGUGUAAUUUGGGAAGCCAUGACAUGCUAUUGAAUAUGGAUACUUUGCAACCAUUGUACUGUAUAGGGUUUUUGAAAGCAAAUAUGUUUCUGUCAUUUUUGUUGUUGCUUUCUUUUCUGGUGUUGUAAGUCAUUACUCAUUUAUAGAUAGGGCCUUACAGUUACUGUAAUAAUAGGCUGUACCUCCCCACCCUGCCUACUCGUUUGUGUUCUUCCAUACAUUUUGUAGCAUGUUUGGACAAGUCCACUGAUAGUACAGGUGUGUACAAGUAAAUACUACAGACCACACUAUAAGAAGGGUAAGGAAAAAAAAACAUGCAAGUCUACAGUUUUGGGAGCGUUAGAUAUAAAUGUGAGAAACCAUGAAAUGUGGGGAAUUUCCUAUGUAUGUACAGAUGAUACUGCUUUUAAUAAACUGUACAUUUUAUACCAUUCUAACUCAUUUAACGAGGUUUGUAAACAUUGUGGCAGAUUCCAAGAAGGAAUCCGUUUGUGUUUCUUGAUCUUUGAAGAUUCAGACGUACGGAAAUCUCUGAAUGUUUUGAACAGAGCUGUAUAGAUUAUGCAGUUUGUAAAACAAGAAGGCAUGUGGUGUACUUUUUUCAAACCUGUCAAUGGAACUUGCUGACCAAUGGGAUGUCUUGAUAGAUCAGCCAAUGAAUGGACACUUUUGAAAGCAGCCAAGAAACGUGUUUGUAAUGGAAUAUGUGAAGAUGUGAUGCAAUCUUUGAAAACUUUUUUUUUCUUUGUACAAAAAUAUGAGUCUUUACGAUGUUCAAAUUCUAGAUACAAAAAAAUACUAUUGUCUAAAUCACUACAGUGUUACCGAGGUUAUACUACAAUAGCACAACUCUCAAAAGUAUUUCAGAAUACCAUGUCUUUUUCCCAACUAACUGUCCCCAAAAUGAUCUUCCAUAGUUAAAUUCCAGGUAUUCCUGUGAAGUAUGUUUUUGUAACUAGUACUCUUCAGCCACAGUCAAUAACAUUAACAAGAAAUUGUAUGGAAAAUUGCUUAUGACAAUGUUUUAUUUAUGGCAUAUAGUCAACUGCUAAUGAAAACUGCUGGUUUACUGAAAAUACAUUUCCAUGGUACCUUGUUGUUGCUAUGUGAUGACUUCAGAGAGGUGUACAGAAACAACUCAUUGUGAUAGGAACAACGGCCAACAACAUUCUGUGCUUAUAUUUGCCCUAGCCUGUAGAGUGAGAUCUUAACCAUUUUUACUCCAGCGCUACUUCAUUUUUAUACCAUAGUCUGCUGAAGAAAUAAAGGGGCAUGUACAGUAUUUUGAA